GAGCCGCCCCGGGACGCGCGGAGGGAAGCCCUUUCUUCCUCCCCACCCACCAAGCGGAGCAGCCUGUUGCCCAAGCAGGCAGCAGCGGCAGGGGCUCCUGGACUCCGGAGCAGCCAGGCCAAGCCGGGGCUGGCACUGGCAGGAGGGAAGCGGGCGCGGGCCGCUCGACGUUGUUGCCUCUUUCCAGCAGGGCCCGGCGCACUUUGUUCCCGACUCUCCGGAUGGCCGACGGCGGGACGGGCUUCGGGGGUCCCCGAAGGAAGCCCUGCCUCCUCCUCUCCGUCUUCCUCGCCUGCUCGCUUUGGCACACCGUGUCUUCAAAGGACAUUCAGCCAAGUUGCCUCACAGACUAUGAAUCCGAAGUGGCUUGUCACUGGGAAGUGGAUGCUUCCACCGACUGCCCCAAGGAGUUCCUCCUGCGUGUUGCAACGACUCAUGCUGUUUAUGGCCCAGGGCCAUCAUGGGUGUGUUCUCCUAAGAACAAGAGAGGCCAGGAUGCGACCCCCAAGUGUACUUGCACCAUUCGGUCUAAAGUACUGCAUAACAACAAGUAUCAUUUCUCACUGGAGGCCAACGAGAAGGAGAUCUGGAAGUGGACGAAUGUGGACCUCGAUGACAUUGUAAAGCCCCGACCGCUUGUCAACCUGACUGUUAACAGGAAGGAUGACUCGUACAUCUUCACCUGGGCAGAUGACUAUAAAGAAGGGAACGUUCUUCACGAAAAUCCGGAAACAGACUAUGAAGUUGCCUAUUGGCCUAUAAACCAGAUGGACAAGUUACGCAAACACAUUACGCACAGCUUUCAUUAUAAAAUCUUCGACGAAGACCUCAUGCCAAGAACCACCUAUGUUGCAAAAGUGCGGCAGAGUAUUGUUUCGUACGGGGGCAUCUGGAGUGAUUGGAGUGCUGAGUACACAUGGAAAAAUGACAUUGAGCCAAGCCCUGGCUCCAUCCUCUGGAUUUUCAUCCCCUUGCUGUGUGUGUUCAUCAUGGCCCUGGCUACCUUCAGCUUCUUCUGCGUCACCAGGGUGAAGAAGGGAUGGUGGGACCAGAUCCCAAACCCCGCCAAGAGCAAAGUGGCCGCUGGUGUGACAGCAGCGGUACCACCAUUCAGAAACUUGGGCCUUGAGCACCCUGUGCAUAUUCACAGCUGCAUUGCAUCUGGCAAGCCAGAAACUCGGAAAGAAGAAGACUGCCAGGUCCCUCAUGAAGACGCCGUGGCCAAGCUCUUCAGGGACCUUCUCAGUGGGGACUUGAGCAGUGGGGGCACCGGUAUCCUGGAUGAGCACCCCCUUCUCAAGGACCAGGCUCUGGGCACAUGCAGAGUGCUUUUCCUUUUCUCAAGAUGCACCUCUGGACAAGCACAGCGGUGUUUUGGAAACCUCUCCUGAACCUAUCUAUCACAACACCAGCACAGAGACAGUGGCUUCCUCCCAGCCAGGCAGUGCUGCCCUGGAACAGCCCCUCAGCCACAGUCUCUUCUCCCCAGAGGCACAACCCGUCACCACAGACAAACUCUGUCUGCAAGGGAGGGGUGGCAGCACAGCUGCCCCCCAGCCCUCGGGCUACAAGUGUUUCAGCAGCCUGGUGGCGGAGCCCAUGGCCGGCUUCAGCCAGGUCUGUGAGGAGGAGCAGGAGGAGUUUUCUCCUUUCAGGGACCAAAUCCAGCCACUCAGCCAAGACUCAGGGCCUUGCCUUGCACCUGUGAUUGGCAGUCUGCACCCUGCUUUCCAGGGUGUCUUCCCAGAAGGCCAAGACUCGCUUUGCUUUUCCUCCUGUAUGGCAGCUGCAGAGCGAGAGGUGAGGCCAGGCAGCCCCUCCCAGCAUGCCCCAGGAAAGUCUGGCCCCUGCCCAGCAGCCUCCCUCCUGGCUGGUUACCGCUCCUUCAGCUCAGCUCUCCAGGGAGGCACAGCCCCCCAGGGCAAGAGUGGCAGCUCUGGCAGUGGCCUAGACGGGCAGUCCCCCUACAAACCCUUGCUCAGCAUUCUCCAGAACAGCCCGCAGCAGCCCACUGAGGUGAGCAGGGUCCUCUUUCACCCUGGUUGGGGGCUCAGGAGGUAAGAGACCCAACCUGGCCAAGUGCACCCUGCGGGGCAGACCUUGACAUGCAACAGGUGGCUUCCGAUGGAAGCUUUAGGGAAGACGUGGCCAGGGACAAAGGACUUUCAUACCCCUGAGGCGCCUUGGUGAGCAGAACCCCCUUAUACAGUACCUCCUUAAUUCCGCCUCAACCAGGCAGUGACCUUCUCCAGGUGGAAUCCUCCCUAAAUCCAGAGAUCCGCUGUGCUGCAAAGAGGAAAGCAGCACCAACCGCAUAGAGGAUCUGGGGGUUUAGGGAGGAGCUAUGGGACAGCAGUCGGAGGAGGGUGCUGCAUGGGAGAGGGAAUUAAAGGAGGGACAAAAGGUGUUCACCAUCCCCUUUAAGCCCAGGUAGGGAAGGGCCCUUACUACCAACAGAGGACUAAGCCAAAGACCAGCAAGGAGAGGCGCCUUCUUGCUUGUAGGCCUGCAUCUGUGAAGAAACUCUUGAGGACAAGUUGCUGGACUCAAGGGGCCGCUUUUGGCACUUCUUACAUGAAUGGGACCUUCAGGGGAAUUUAUGCUUUCUUGACACAGGUUGGGCUGGGGGCUGGAGCACCAGCUGUUCUUGGGCUCAAGUUACUGCACAGUCACCUGCAAUGGAUUCCACACCUGCCUGUCAAGUGUUUCGGCUCUGCCUGCUGACAGGCUCUGAAUCCAGCAAGUGGCCAGCUUUUGCUCAGGCACUGCCUUUGUUUUGCAGAGAACAGUCUGCCUGCCUUUCUUUUGUUGCUGCUUCUGUACAGAUAAGGAGGUCUUGCUUCAUAUAUCCAUAGCAAGCAACAAGGUAUCUGCAUGGUGGCGAGACUUCCUGUGCCCUCUGCCAGAGAUCAGAUAAGAGGAGGGGGAAGCAGGCUGAAUAAAGGGAUGCUCUGGGACUGCUUUUGGUGAUGGGGAUGCCAGGAGGUAUCGCCAAGUGACUGUUACAGGACCAUUCUAGCAUUAAAGUUUUUUAUCCAUAUGA